CAUGAAAAUUAUCAGGUUUCAAUUGAAACGGUUUCUAGUCGUCUGUGUAUUAGGAUGUCUUAUCAUCAUAGCACAGUUAUUUUGGAGAAAACAAAGUAUUUCCAAUUGCCUCUUGCCACCUGAAGUUCUUGGAAAAUACGAAGAUUUUCUACAUUUUAUACAGAAACCUUUAAUUUCAUUAAAUAUUACGUAUUUCUUAUGUUAUAACACCUUAUGGGGUGUGCUUAAAUUUAAAGGACCUCUUCCGUGGCAUGAUUCUGUUGAGCUGUGCACAUUAAAUACUGAAAUUUUACCUGUUCAUGAUACUUUGUACAGUGUAUUCGAGAAAUAUAAAAUUUAUAUUUCAUAUAACCCUGCUGGCGGUUUUUAUACUAUGUUGCCACAUGGAGAAAAUUUUCCAUCUGGAACGUUGACAAUUUUUAUAAAAGAUCCUAUAACUGGUCAAUUGAUAAGAAAUGGAUGGAUACACAGAAUGUUUCCUCCAACUUCUUGUGAAAAACUGCAUUGCUUUCCUCCAAAUUUAAUAAAGAAACCUUUGCCUAUAGUAAAAUUUGGACGUUAUACUGUACCUUCUCCUAGAGAAGGCAUUGAAAUUCAAAAGUACUUGUAUCCUUCAUCGUGGUGGCAAGAGAUAACUCCUCCAAACUGUAGAGAUUGAAGAAUGUAUAUCUUCGAGCUGUAAAACUUUGGUCAUAAACUUUUUCGAAACACAAAAUAUAAAAUUUUAUAUGAAUUUGAAUGCUAUUUUUGAAAAAAUGUCUGAGCAGAACUUUUUCUCCAUGAUUAAAGUAUUUUUUGUGGGAAAAGAAUGGUAUAUCUAUGUACAUGGAUAGUUACAAAA